GACCCGGAAGCAGAGCCGGCGCGCGUCGCGGCCGCCCGCAUCCGAGACCAGCUUGCCUCUGGUCGCUUCCCGGCGCUCUGCGUUUCGUGACCUUGUCCAGUAGAAGGCUAUUUAAUUCUUGCAGCUGCUUGAAUUUUGACAUACAAGAUGAAGCAAGAUCCCUCAAGAAAUGCUGCCUACACUGUGGAUUGUGAAGAUUAUGUGCAUGUGGUAGAAUUUAAUCCCUUUGAGGCUGGGGAUUCAGGAAACCUAAUUGCAUAUGGUGGCAAUAAUUAUGUGGUCAUUGGCACGUGUACGUUUCAGGAAGAGGAAGCAGACGUUGAAGGCAUUCAGUAUAAAACACUUCGAACAUUUCACCAUGGAGUCAGGGUUGAUGGCAUAGCUUGGAGCCCGGAGACUAGACUUGAUUCAUUGCCUCCAAUAAUCAAAUUUUGUACUUCAGCUGCGGACUUGAAAAUUAGAUUAUUUACUUCAGAUCUUCAAGAUAAAAAUGAAUAUAAGGUUUUAGAGGGCCAUUCAGAUUUCAUUAAUGGUUUGGUGUUUGAUCCCAAAGGUGGCCAAGGAAUCGCAAGUGUGAGUGACGAUCAUACCUGCAGGAUUUGGACCUUAGAAGGAGUGCAGACAUCUCAUUUUGUUCUUCAUUCUCCUGGCAUGAGUGUGUGCUGGCAUCCUGAGGAAACUUAUAAGCUGAUGGUUGCAGAGAAGAAUGGAACAAUCCGAUUUUAUGAUCUUAUGGCUCAACAGGCUAUUUUAUCUCUUGAAUCAGAACAAGUGCCAUUAAUGUCAGCACACUGGUGCUUAAAAAACACCUUCAAAGUUGGAGCUGUUGCAGGAAAUGAUUGGUUAAUUUGGGAUAUUACUCGGUCCAGUUAUCCUCAAACUAAGAGACCUGUUCACAUGGAUCGAGCCUGCUUAUUCAGGUGGUCCACUGUUAGUGAAAAUCUGUUUGCAACCACUGGUUAUCCUGGCAAAAUGGCAAGCCAGUUUCAAAUUCAUCAUUUAGGACAUCCUCAGCCCGUCCUUGUGGGUUCUGUACCCGUUGGAUCUGGCCUCUCCUGGCAUCGAACUCUCCCUCUGUGUGUAAUUGGAGGAGACCACAAGCUGUUGUUUUGGGUGACUGAAGUAUAAAGUUUUCUCUGUACCUUAGAGUCACAAACUUUGUAUUUUUAAUACACAUUUUGAAGAAUUUCUUAUUUUUAUAUCAAAUAGACUGUAUACUUUAGAAAAUGUCUCAGUUGCUUUUAUUACAUAAAAUAUUCAUGGUUUGAAAAAUUA